GGCCUCCUAUGUUGUAAUAAAAAAAGUAAUUCAUGUCUUCAAGAUUUCUGUUUAAGCAUUAAUCAAAGAAUAUAAUUUCAGAGAUUCUAUAAUUUCGUCGACUGAAACAGGAAGGACUUUUCCAUCGAAAUAUUAAGGUUUCAAGGAGGAGAUGGCUGUGCCUCAUGCCCAUGCCCAGCGCGUGCUGUCCUUCCUCAACCAGCAGAGGGGGCUGGGCAGGUUCUGCGACGCAAUGCUGAGUUUGGGGAGCGGGCAGGUGUACCUCGCACAUCGCAACGUGUUAGCAUGCUUCAGCGAGCUCUUCCAGGAGGCCUAUACAACCACCACGGCCUGCAUGGAGGUCUGCCUACCAGAGGAAUGCCCUACAGAUGGACUGGAGGUGGUCCUGGACUUUGUGUACACCGGGGAGCUUAAAUUGGACUCUGUCAACUUGGAAAAAGUGCGAAGGGCGGCUGUCAGCCUGUCAGUACCAGACGCUGUCAACCUCUGCCAGAACUUCAGCUGCCAGCAGAGAUUGCCUCAGAGGCCCAAGACCGAAGAGCUGGGGACUGGGGAUGAAGGUUACAGGGGGCCCAACGUUCCCUCUAUUCCCCAGGACACCUCCAGCUCUGAGACCCCAGUGAAGGGAAAGCAGAAACCCAGGCCGACGCCCAAAACCCGGCCUAAAGCCGCCAGUACCACACCCAAACAGACCGCCCCCAUCCCGCCCCCCACCACUACAACACGCUCUGGCCGUACGGUCAAGGGACCCAGUCGCCUGCUAAGGGACGGCCCCACCCCACCUCUCACCCCGCGCGGAGGCGCGCCCAGGAAGGCCGACCCCGGGACCCUAGAGGGGGGAAAGGGAGGAGCAGAGGAAGGAGGUCAGAGCAGAGACCGGCCUGCCAGUGAGCCUGAGGUGGGAGGGAACUCAGAGCUGGCCAACGACAAUGAGGAAGAUGAUGCUGGCGAGGUGGAAGGGCUUCAGGAGGACACGGACGAGGAGUACCUGCCCCGCUCCCUUCCCACUGCCACCGGGGGGCCCCAGAGGGCCAGACGUAAGGGCCGCGGGAAAGCUGUCAACAAGGAGAACGGCGAGGGGGCGGUUCGGGAUCCCAAGAGGAGCUCUGUCCAGUGCCCCACGUGCCACAAGACCUUCCUCAGCAAAUACUACCUCAAGGUGCACAACCGGCGCCACACCGGGGAGAAGCCGUUCGAGUGCUCCAAGUGCGGCAAGUGCUACUACAGGAAGGAGAACCUUCUGGAACACGAGGCGCGGAACUGUCUGAACAGGGCAGGCGUGGUGUUCUCGUGCUCCAUGUGUCCCAUGACGUUCAAGAGGCGGCUGGAGCUGCGGUUCCACAUGGUCACGCACACGGGGGAGAUGCCCAACAAGUGUACAUCCUGCCCUGAGCAGUUCAUGCAGAAAAAGGACCUGAAGAUCCAUCUAAUCAAGGUCCAUGGAGCCCCCAAACCACAUGCGUGCUCCCUGUGUCCCAAGUGCUUCCUGUCCCGCACGGAGCUGCGUCUGCACGAAGCCUCCAAGCACCGUGGGGAGAAGCUGUUCGUGUGUGAGGAGUGCGGGCACCGCGCCUCCAGCCGAAACGGCCUGCAGAUGCACAUCAAGGCCAUCCACAGGAACGAGCGGCCAUUCGUGUGCGAGUUCUGCAACCACGCGUUCACCCAGAAGGCCAACCUCAACAUGCACUUACGCACACACACUGGAGAGAAGCCCUUCCAGUGCCACCUCUGCGGGAAGACCUUCAGGACCCAAGCCAGCCUGGAUAAGCACCACCGCACGCACACGGGCGAGCGGCCCUUCCGCUGCGAGUUCUGCGACCAGCGCUUCACGGAGAAGGGGCCGCUCCUGCGCCACGUGGCCAGCAAGCACCAGGAGGGCCGGCCGCACUACUGCCACAUCUGCAGCAAGACCUUCAAGGCCAUAGAGCAGCUGCGGGUUCACGUCCGACGGCAUAAAGGCAUGCGGAAGUUCGAGUGCGUCGAGUGUGGGUACAAGUUCACCAGACAGGCACAUCUGCGUCGACACUCCCAGAUCCACAACCGGGUGGAGAACUACAACCCGAGGCAACGGCGCCUACGCAACCUGGUGGUGGAGGACGAGAAGGCGGUUGAGGGGGCGGGCCCGGCGGUCGGCGACAUCAUCAGCGUCAUGAUCCAGCCCAGCGCCAUCGUGGUGGAGGAGGUGGUGUCCACCCAGGGGGCGGGGCCCAGUGAGGCGGGAGAGGAGGGCGAGGGGGAGGGGGAGACUCUGCUGGUCACCGGGGCCUACCCCAGUGACCACGCUGCCGUGGUAACCGAGGAGAUGGCUGAGGGCGGAGCCGAGGAGAAGGCCUGA